AUGCUGUCUAAAGCGUCAAGGUGGAUUGCCAGGCCUGGCAUCAUUUUGGUGAUUGCUCUCCUUUGGUGGCUGUACAACCGAGUUGUACGGCGGUUAAUUACUUCCAAACCGACGAGAUCGGUUCCAACAAAGGUGAGCUCCCUUGACAUUACGAAAGUGACAGACGCGCCUCCAACAGAGACACACCGGUUAGUUAAACAGGAUACCACGAGCGAAAAAGCAAGUCUGCAAGAGCCAAAAAGAACGAAGAGGGAGGAUGAGGAUGAGGAUGUGGAUGUUGCUGAUAAUUUUGUGGACGAAGAUGAUGUCGCGACGGCAACCGCUUUCCUUGGGUUCUCGAUCCUAGACGACGUUGAGGAUGGUGCGCUUGUGGUGGACGGCCUCUUCCGAAACGGCCCCGCUUACAAGGUUGGGGUCUGUAUAGACGACCAACUCACGGCGAUCAAUGGGGAGGCCGUCUGCGACAUACAAAUGGCGCGCAAACUGAUUUCAAUGCACUGCAUCCCUGGUGAAGUUGCGUCGAUGUUGUUCCGUCGCCCGAAUGGGGAGAGGUUUGCUGUGCAGUUGCGUGUCAUGACGGCGGAGCCACGCUUUUCCGGGAACCCGUUCUACUUUGACCCGUAUACACACGAGAUUGAGGAAAGUGGACGUGAAAAAAAACUUUCUUGGGCGUGGCCGAGCGAGAAUUUAUAUUUGCACAGAUGA